GGACACUCUCAGGGAAAACAAGAGAGAGAGAAAGCAGUUUUCUGAACCAGCUGAUUCACCGGAGUUCCCUCUCUACCAGCUGUUUCUCUGCUCAUCCCUCUCACCCGACCUCUCUCUCUCCCUCUGUCUCUCUCUCUCUUUCUCUCCCUCUCCCCCCCCCCCCCCCUGUGUCCAUUUGCUCAGGGCUGCUGUGGGUGGGUGGGCUGUUUAAGCAGGUGGUUCUUGUGCGCUGGGUUUCCAUCAUGGCCUCGGAGACGGGGGCCCACCCCAGGGUGGUGUUCCAGACCCCACGGAAGGAGGAAGGCGAGGAGCCCCCCGGGCGACGUCUGGGCAAGCUGACGGUCAAGUACGACCGCAAGGACCUGCAGCGGCGCCUCGACAUUGAGGAGUGGAUUGAGGGCCAGCUACACCUGCUGUUCGACUGUGAGGAGGAUGAUAUCCCUGAAUUGGAAAUUGACAUUGAUGAGCUCUUGGAUUUGUCACAUGAGGAACAGAAGUCAAAACUACGGACACUCCUACAUGAAUGUGACAAGCCAAAAGAGGACUUCAUCAAUGGCUUACUGUACCGUAUCAAGGGACUUCGUAAGAUGUCUGGCACCAUGAAGAAAUGAAUCUUAGCUGAGAGAAGAGCCAUGAAGCAGAGAAAAUUCACAUCUUCUGCUCUGAUAGGACCCGGGGAGACCCAGACCCCAGAAUCCUAAAAGUAGAUUCUGUUAAUUACCAGUAGCCAAGACUUUGGAAGGCAACAGCCCAUCCGCAUCAAGGGGGCUGUUCUGUUAAGUGUAGCACCUCCUGACUGGGUUACUCUACAUUCAGUUUCUCGGUUGUAUGCAUGUUGUACCUUGCAACCGUUGUACACUGCAGGCACAAAUCUGAAUCUUGAUGAUGACUUGACGGAAAGCACACAAAGCAGCUAUUACAGUGAAACUGUGCAGAUGUUGUGUGAAACAAAUAGCAAUGUUUUCUUAGUCUUCAACAACUAUGUCAACAAGUUCAUGCAAGUGGGCCAACCAAUGGUUUCUGCAAAAUAGACUAGAUUAACUGACUAAAAUAACAAUAGCCUAUUUGAAAUUUGAAAUAAUGAAAUUCUUAUUUUGCUCUUAUUCAGUGUCCUUGUAAAUUGUGGCAAACAUAUUUAAGUCUUGAAGACAUAUGUGAGAUGAAUAAUAAACUGGUAAAUUACAUUUAAAUACACUGGUUAGUUCUCAACUUGGCCAUUCCAAACUUGGCCAGUCUGUACCAUACAUGUUCAAAUUCUCUGUAAACCAACACCAAACAACUGUUAAAAUAAUCACAACUCACCAGUACAAGUGUAUAUAAACUGGUGGAACUAUUUAAUCUCUCAUGUUUGGUGUUAAUUGGCAUACACCCUAAAGACAUGGUGCACUUAUCUUUCAGGGUUACAGAAAAACAUACUCUACAAAGUGCUGUGUUCUCUGAGGACAGCUUUACUAGGUCUUGCCAAAUGGCUACUUCUCUACAUUUAUAUAACGUAGAAUAAGUCAAUGGUAUGACUGUAGUCAUAAAAGAAAGCAAACUCCUUCUCUUGUGGACUUUAGUGUGUCUCAUUAACAAAACAGUAAAUAAAAUAUCCUGUAUACAGUAGUAAUGGAACAAUAAAUGCAAUAUUGUGCUGUUGUGUUUUUUUUCUUUGAAGAAUGUAUUGUGAUUAUUGUGAUUACUGACUGGUUCAAGUAAUAUGUGUUGUCCCAUGGCCUAUUUGUAUAUGUGAAAACUAUUCUCACUAGUUUGAACACCUUUUCUCCCUCUGAGUUUUUUUUAUUUAAAGAAACAUCUUGUCUUUUUUUGCUGACACAAGCAUCAAAUGUAUUAAAGUAAAAGGUGAACUGUGA